CAUUUCACUACUUAUUACAACUACAAUACAAUACAAUGGCAUCCAAAACCUUCAUUUUUUGUACAGCCAUUUUACUACAUUUUUUUAGCAUCCAAACUUAUUCUCAUCAACUCCUCAAAACCUACAUUGUUCAACUCCAUCCCAAAGCAAUGUCUCCCUUGGUUUUCGCUUCCAAGCUUCAUUGGCACCUUUCGUUUCUUGAGGAAACCAUCGACGACGAACCUUCUUCACGUCUUUUGUACUCUUACGACUCAUCCAUGGAGGGUUUUGCAGCUCAGCUGUCAGAACACGAGUUAGAGGUGAUUCGUAAGAUGCAACAUGUGGUAGCCAUAAGACCAGACCGGGUGCAUAAUGUUCAAACUACUUAUUCUUAUAAGUUUUUGGGGUUAAGCCCGACAAAUGAAGAUGGUGCUUGGGUUAAGUCCGGGUUUGGUCGAGGAUCGAUCAUCGGAGUACUUGACACCGGGGUUUGGCCCGAAAGCCCGAGUUUCAAUGACCGAGAUAUGCCCCCUGUUCCUUCGAAAUGGAGAGGGAUUUGCCAACAAGGAGAUGAUUUUAAUUCUUCGAACUGUAACAAAAAGCUCAUAGGUGCCAGAUAUUUUAGUAAAGGGCACCGGGUUGCUUCUUUGUUUCCAACUGAAAAUGAAGUAUCUGAGUAUGUGUCGCCUCGGGAUUCACAUGGACAUGGGACUCAUACCGCGUCAACUGCAGCGGGGUCCACGGUCCCAAUGGCGAGUGUGCUCGGAAAUGCAGAUGGGGAGGCCCGGGGUAUGGCACCAGGAGCCCAUAUAGCCAUAUAUAAGGUCUGCUGGUUUAGUGGAUGCUAUAGCUCAGAUAUAUUGGCAGGAAUGGAUAUGGCAAUCCGCGACGGGGUUGACAUCCUUUCGCUAUCUCUUGGUGGGUUUCCACUUCCUCUAUAUGAUGACAGCAUUGCGAUUGGUAGUUUCCGGGCCAUGGAGCACAAGAUAUCCGUUAUAUGUGCUGCCGGGAAUAAUGGGCCAAUUGCAAAUUCGGUUGCCAAUGUGGCUCCAUGGGUUGCAACUGUUGGUGCUAGCACACUUGACAGAAGGUUUCCGGCUGUGGUUCAUAUCGGAAAUGGAAAGAUUCUUUAUGGAGAAUCUAUGUAUCCUGGGAACUUCCACCCGGGUGCCCAAAAACGACUAGAAGUCGUUUACUUAACAGGUGGAGACCGAGGAAGCAAUUAUUGCUUCAAAGGUUCUCUUCCGAAAGAUAAAGUACAAGGAAAAAUGGUGGUUUGUGACAGAGGAGUUAACGGGCGGGCAGAGAAAGGCCAAGUUGUGAAGGAGUCUGGUGGUGCUGCCAUGAUUCUGGCAAAUACGGAGAUAAACGAGGAAGAAGACUCGGUCGACACACAUGUUUUACCGGCGACUUUGAUUGGGUUUUCUGAAGCAGUUCAACUAAAGACUUACAUCAACUCUACAAGACGACCCAUGGGUCGGAUAAUAUUUGGGGGAACAGUAAUAGGUAAAAGUAGAGGACCUUCGGUAGCUCAGUUUUCAUCACGGGGACCAAAUUUCUUGGACCCCGUAAUACCUAAACCGGAUGUCAUUGCACCCGGUGUUAACAUUAUAGCUGCUUGGCCACAGAAUUUGGGGCCAUCCAGUCUGCCACAAGAUAAUAGAAGAGUCAACUUUACGGUCAUGUCUGGAACAUCUAUGGCAUGCCCUCAUGUCGGCGGCCUUGCAGCUUUGAUACGUUCUGCACAUCCAAAAUGGAGUCCUGCAGCCAUCAAAUCAGCCCUUAUGACUAGCACUGAUAUAACGGACCAUCAUGGCAAACCCAUCAUGGAUGGUAACAAACCUGCAGGGAUUCUUGCAAUGGGAGCUGGACAUGUGAAUCCCGAAAGAGCGAUAGAACCAGGAUUGAUAUACGACAUUACUCCAAAUGAGUAUAUUAUGCAUUUAUGCACCAUAAAGUAUACAAAUUCGGAGAUUUUCACUAUAACUCACAGAAAUGUUAGUUGUCCUGAUAUCAUGAAGAAGAACAAGGGUUUUAGCCUUAAUUACCCUUCCAUUUCUGUGACUUUCAAAUCAGGAAUGACUAGUAAGAUGAUCAAAAGGCGUGUUACGAAUGUGGGAAAGCCUAGCUCAGUUUACACAGUUAAAGUGGUGGCACCAGAAGGUGUCAAAGUACGUGUCAGGCCAAGAAGACUAUCGUUUUCACGGUCAAAUCAGAGUUUGAGUUAUCGAGUUUGGUUCAUCAUGAAAAAGUCAUCAGGGUCCAAACGAGCUACACUUGGUCAAGGGCAAUUAACAUGGACGAACGUAAAGGACAGUAGAAUCAAGAUUCGAAGUCCUAUUCUAGUUACAAAGUCAUCUAACAAAAAGGGUAGUCAUAACAAUAAUUAGAUUUAGCACUUACAGGUCAAGAUGAUUUGUUUUUCAAAUUUCAAAAGUAUUGUUGUAUUCUUUAUCAGUUGAUAAAGACUCAGAAGAGUUGUAAUAAGAAUGUACCAUUUCACUUCA